CGCAAAUGUCAAAGUAACACAACAUAACCUACCAAAAUGCGAUUUCUACAAAUUUCUCACUAAUUUUAAUACAUAAUGUAGUUCAAUUAAAUAAACAGUGUACAUACAACAUAUCUAGUCAAUAAUAGUCAAUAAAAUGCGCCAGUAUUUUAUACAUAAGUGAAGUUAGCAAAUCAAUAAAUUGGGUUGAAUGAAACUGAAUAUCAGGAUGGAGCACAAACAGAAAGGGCACAAAUUAAAGCACAAAAACACGAUUUCCAGCUUACUUAUGCCGAAUAAAACGCCCAAUAAGGUUGGUGUGGUGGUUAAUCGUAGCCAAAGUGCGAGAUCUAACUCUUCGAGGAAAUUAACUCCUUCGGAGAAUAAUGUCGAUAUUGCGAUUUCUAAAAGGCCACUGAGUUUCGAGUGUGGCAACCACAUUAACCAUUUAAGCCUCAAAAAAGAUAAACAUGCACAUUUUGAUGAUAGUCUGAAUAGAAAAAACAGCAUUUCGGAUAGCAAUGUGUACAGUGAUUCCACAGAAACUACGGAUUUAUCAGAGAACAAAAUGACUGAACGAUGUGCUUCUCAUGAGAGUGUUCUUAAAGAUGUUCCUUUCGCUUUGCACCUCAUACCGACGGAGAAGGCUCGUCAGCGCAACUUUCUGCAGGGUAAAAUCGGCGCCAGCUCGCUGCUGGGCGCCGCCGAGCUGGACAGGAUCUGCCCCAGCAGGGAGCUCACCAUUUUCGUGGGCACGUGGAACAUGAACGGACACGCGCCUCCCAAGGAGCUAAAUGACUUUGUUCUACCAGUCGGCAUGGAACACGUUCCGGACAUUUUAACAUUCGGAACUCAGGAAUCAACCUCUGAAAAAUUCGAAUGGGAAGUAUCUCUACAAGAAACCAUCGGGCCAUCUCACCUUCUAUUCAACUCAACCUCGUUGGGCACGCUACAUCUCUCCAUCUUCAUCAGAAGAGACCUUAUUUGGUACGUUUCGAUACCGGAAGACGCCAGCCUGUCGGUUAGACCGGGAACCGCCUUCCGCACCAAAGGCGCCAUUGCCAGCUCGUUCAUGCUGUUCGGCACCUCCUUCCUCUUCGUCACUGCGCAUCUCACCGCGCAUCAGGAAAAAGUCAAGGAGAGGGUCAGCGAUGUAAAGAGAAUCGUCAACUCCUUGGAUCUGCCCAAAGUGCUGCCCUGCAAGAACAAAAAUAAAGACUUAAAGUUUUGGGACCACCUUGAAGAAAAAAUGAACACCACCUUAAACAUUAAUAUGAAUAAAGUGUUUUCCAACAUUAACACGUGUUUUACUAAAAAAACAAAAUUAGAAACAUUUUGCAAACUUUUUUUUACUUUUCUUUUCUAGAUGUAACUCAAAAUUUCGACUACGUUUUUUGGUCGGGCGAUCUGAAUUUUCGCCUUUCCACCCCAAGAAGUAAGGUUUUGGAGUGGCUCUCCAAAACGAGUUUUCCGCUCCCUCCCCACUUACCGCACGGGUACAUGCACCACGAUCAGCUCUGCUCGGUGUUGUCAGAUGGUGCGGCCUUCAAAGGUUUCUGCGAAGCUAAGAUCACCUUCCCUCCUACUUAUAAGUACGACCCGGGCACGCAAAAUUUCGACUCUUCUUCCAAACAGAGAACGCCCGCUUAUACAGACCGAAUUCUGUACAAACAAAAAAGCGUGAGACGUCUGAGCGGCCACCAUCUUGAAAAUCCGCCCUUACAAUGCCUUAUAUACGAUUCCGUUCCAUCCAUUACCACAAGCGACCACAAACCGGUAUGGGGAGUUUUCAAAGCCCAUCUCAGACCUGGAUUAGAUAAUAUACCCUUGGCAGCAGGUAUGUUUAACAGAGACGUGUAUCUAGAAGGUCUAAAACGCAGGGCAGCCACCUUAAAACGCGCAAAAGGCGAAGCAGUAGUCUGUUCCUUGCAGUAAUGGUAUAAGUACAAUUUUUUCCAAGUGUUUUUUCCACUCUGAAAGGACUAAAGGUUUAUUUUUUAAGUUUGUCUCGGAACGGGUAUAAGUUUUAUUUAUGUAAUAUUAAAUGUUUCAAAACUAUGGAAUUGUCUUGUAUGCCUUAUCAAAAUAGUAUCUUAUUAGGGACCAUCUAUAAAGUUAAAAUGAAAAACCUUCUAGUCAUAAUUGUUGAACAAUAAACUCUAUUUAAUGUUGAUGUUGUUUUUUUAAUAAAACUAUGAAGAUAUGAAAUAAAUACAUUUAAUGGCAUAUAGGUACAUUAUAUUAAAAUCUUUACACUUAAAAUACGAAACGUAAUAAAACAAACUAGGACUCGUUAUCCGAUUCGCCGGAAUUGCCAUCUGAAUCCUCGAUAGUUUCCCCCAACUCCCUCAAUUUGCUCUUAAAACAGCACAACUUGGUGUCUUGGUCCGUCAAAAGAGUCAACAAGUUGUCCUGGUCACCCCUCAACCUUUCCAGCUCUUCGUUUUUUUCCAGCAACUCCGAUUCCAACCGAUUCACUUUAUCGAGCAAGCCUUGGUCGGGCGCUGCGGCCAAUAGAGGCGCUGCUGCCGCAACAGGCUCGUUUGAGGUUAUGUUUGCCCCCGUAGACAGUUGCGCUUUGAGGAGGGUGUUGUGGUCGUUUAGCUGGGAGUUUGUUUGA